AUGGGUCGUUGGACUAUCAAGAGGACACAACAUACUUUCUCAGAUCCACAGAAUGGACCAUUCCUCUGCGCCCCCACCAUCUCUCCCAAGUUCUCCCUCGGCAUAGCCAUUAAGAAAUGCUUCGCUCCAGCUUUCUCGCCGCGAUCGCUUCUACAUGCUUUCUUGCUGUUCAUUGUCUGCCGUGCGUUGAAUCGGCUACGUCGCCAUAAUUCACUGUCGCGAUAUCCUGGACCACCGCUGGCUGCGCUUACGACGUGGUACAAGGCCUACUACGAUAUCGUCAAGGAUGGCGGAUGGGCGGAGCAUCUCGAAGCUCUGCAUCAACAAUACGGCAAAAUAGUCAGAGUUGGGCCGAACGAGCUCCACUUCAGUGAUCCACAAGCCUACAACGACAUAUACGGCAUGGGAACGCGACACACCAAACAGUCAGAGAUGUAUUCGUGUUUCGCCACCGACCUUUCCGUCUUCGCUAUGUUCGACCACCAUGAGGUUAUGCAACGCCGAAAUUUGAUCGGACCGUUUUUCUCGAGGCGCGCCAUACUCAAUCUCGAGAAGACGGUACAGAAUAGGAUCGAUCUCUUGGUCUCCCGACUUCUCAAAUUUCAAGACACGAAGAAGUCCGCCAAUCUGGACCUCGCCUUCCGUUCAACAAGUCUCGAUAUCAUUACUUCCUACUGUUUCUCCAAGUCUUCCGACUUUCCUAACUCUGACAACUUUCAAAAUCCGAUCCUCGACGCUAUGGACCAGACUCUCCCCAUGAUCUGGAUCUUCAAGCACUUCCCCCUCAUCAAAGCGGUGUUGCUCAAUAUGGGGUCGCAGAUAGACGACAUAAUGAAGGACCCUUCAUCCCUACACAACAUCGAGCAUGAAACAAUUUACCAUCACUUCCUGACGCCACAGCCUGAAAACCAGCGCCUUCCUCCCGUCACACGCGAGUGGCUCCUGGACGAAGGCCUCUAUCUACGCUUCGCUGGAAGCGAUACGGUUGGAAAUGUCUGCACAGUAGCGACAUAUCGCAUCUUGAAUGACAAACGCAUUCACCAUAAGCUCUUAACGGCGCUGAAGGAGGCAUGGCCCGACAGAGACGCUUCGCCUAGCUUCGAGGGGCUCGAAAAAAUUCCUUACCUUACCGUGGUCUCGAUGGGGUCGACAAUCCUGCACAAAAAUCCAGAUGUCUUUCCGGAACCUCUUGUGUUUAAACCGGAGCGGUGGAUGCAGGAUGACUCCUCGGAGCUCGAAAAAUAUCUCGUGUCCUUCUCUAAGGGGCCGCGAAGCUGCCUGGGUAUAAACCUUGCAUGGUGUGAACUCUACCUCAUCAUAGGCACGAUAUUUCGAAGGUUAGAGCUUGUUCCUGACAAUGCAACGAUGAACACAGAGCUACCCUUGGUUGUCGACAAUGGUACAGGUUUCGUGAAAGUGGGGUACGCUGGAUCGAACUUCCCUGAGCAUGUUUUUCCUUCCAUCGUCGGUCGUCCCAUCCUACGCGCGGAGGAACGGGUUGGGUCCGCAGUCAUCAAGGACAUCAUGAUCGGCGACGAAGCCGCUGCGAACCGCAACUAUCUGCAAGUGACGCAGCCCAUGGAGCACGGCAUUGUGAAGAAUUGGGAGGACAUGAAGCAUCUAUGGGACUACACCUUCGAUGAGAAGCUGAAGAUCAACCCUCAAGGAAGAAAGGUCUUGUUGACGGAACCCCCAAUGAACCCAAGAGUCAACAGAGAGAGAAUGUGUCAAGUUAUGUUUGAGGAGUAUGGCUUUCAGGGAGUGUAUGUCGCCAUCCAGGCCGUGUUGACACUCUAUGCGCAAGGUCUUACCACUGGCGUUGUCGUCGAUUCCGGAGAUGGUGUAACACACAUUGUGCCGGUGUAUGAUGGAUUCGCUAUGCCUCACCUAACCCGUCGAUUGGAUAUCGCUGGACGAGAUGUUACAAGAUACCUGAUCAAGCUCCUCCUUAUGAGAGGAUAUGCAUUCAACCGGACAGCGGAUUUCGAAACUGUGCGAGAGAUCAAGGAGAAACUUUGUUACGUCAGCUACGACUUGGAACAAGAUAAGAAAUUGGCGGAGGAGACGACGGUCCUUGUUGAGAGCUAUACACUCCCAGAUGGACGAGUUAUCAAAGUUGGCCCAGAACGCUACGAGGCUCCCGAAUGCAUGUUCCAGCCCCACCUAGUGGACGUUGAACAACCUGGUGUUGCAGAAAUGCUCUUCCAAACCAUCCAAGCUGCUGCUGUCGAUAUUCGCUCUGAUCUCUACAAGCACAUCGUGUUGUCUGGAGGGUCAAGUAUGUACCCAGGCUUGCCAAGUCGUCUAGAGAAGGAGAUCAAGCAGCUUCACCUGACGCGUCUGCUAAAUGGCGACCCUACACGGCUGAACAAAUUCAAAAUCAAGAUUGAGGAUCCUCCUCGCCGCAAACAUAUGGUGUUCCUUGGAGGCGCUGUGCUUGCUGAUAUCAUGAAAGGCCGGGAGGAUUUCUGGGUGUCUCGGGAAGAGUGGUUCGAGCAAGGCGUCAGGGCUUUGGAUAAGCUUGGUCGAGGAGACAGCUAG